AUGAAGUAUUUUAUAAAAAAAGAACGCGGAAAACAAAGGAAAUUGUUGAGGUGUAAUAUGAAAGGGUGUCAAACCACUAAAUGUAUAAGAAAUGGAAGACGGCUUGAUAGACCAUGGGUAUUCGGUUUAUGUGAUAAUAACAAAGGAAGAUAUUUUGUAAUCCAAAAAAGAGACAAGGUUACAUUACACAAUAUUAUACAAAGAGAGGUCAUUGCUAGGUCUACAAUACAUUCUGAUGGCUGGUCAGGUUAUAAUGGACUUUCGGAUAUCGGGUACAGUCACAAUGUUGUAAAUCAUACCGAAAAUUUUGUAGAUCCAAUAUCAAAAGCACAUACCCAAAGAAUAAAAAGUUUAUGGCGCCCAUUGAGGCUAAAAGUUGUAAAAUAUAUGUGUGGUACAACUCCAGAAUUACUUCCAAGGUAUCUUAUUGAAACGUGGUGGAGAAGUUUAAACAAGAUUGACACAUUUGACGCGUUUCUGAGAAACAUGGCACAAGUUUUUUAA